AUGGAGCACGACUUUCCCUCCACAGCGGGUAUCUUGCACAUGCUGGAACAGUUGCGCCUGGUGGAAGAGCCCCAAGGAGCGAACAACUCCACGUCUCGCACUACAAUCAAUCCGAGUCUGGCUCCCGCUGUCAAAGACGAUCGCCCGCCAAAAGGACCUUUUCCAUUCUUCGACCUCCCACCCGAACUUCAGAUAAUGGUCCUCGGCCACGUCGCUCCAAGAGAUCUCCAACGCUCCAUGAGGACCUGCAAGGCUUUCCAAGAUCUCAUCACUACCAGCCAGAGGACUCUUGUGAAGAAAAGCAUCUACUAUACUCAACGGCGUCUUUGCAAGGAACGCAACCACAUCUACAACUUCGACACCUCGAAGUACGAUUUCUUGGAACUCCUCCGCCGCUUCUUCUCCCACAGAGGCCAUCUUUCGGGUUAUCGGAGAUAUGAUCACGCGCUUGUUACGGUUUCUGCGGUCUUGGAAUGGCAACAUCCUGCUCUUCGCAGGCUAAUCAAGGAGACGCUCUUCACAAAAGAGCUUAGAUCGAUCACAUCCGCGGAUCUUUUGCCUAUCGAUCACCUCUUGGCAAAAAUUAGACGGAUCGCGAGGGGACUGGUAGUGUUACAUUAUGUGAUUCAUGUGCCAGUACUGCCUUAUGUUGGACUCCUGUCCAAUUCCGGAUGGAUGGUGACAGAGAUGAUGGACCGGGAGAAAUGGGUCGUGUCUGCGCAUGAUCCGGACCUGGAAUCUUUCGGCUUCACGAGGGAGAAGUUGAGCGAAUGGCAUUGUACUGUGACGCGAUGUCGACGACACGGCAUCCAUUUCAGGGAGAAGGGCCAUCUUCACGGCGAUCAGGAUCUCCCUCUGCCGAAAUACUUCCUUGCACCCCUUUACGAUUUAUACGAAUCCGCCACGGCAUCCGAGCCCGUGGAUCCCGCUAUCAAAGACUCCUGGCCUGGUCUCUGUACCAACAAACGCUUCUUCGAAAUCUUCGAGAUCAAGAUCUUGAAAGGUGUCCCGGUGUUUACGAUGCAUAAGGAGGAUUUCGAGGUUGCGAGGAUUGAUAGUUGUGCUUAUUUUGGGAUCUGUACUGAGCGCGAAUGGGUAUAUGAGUAUGUGAAAGAAGUUGUCGAGGAAAAGAGGGAGAUGAGUGAGAUUGGACGGGCGGCUGUUGCUGAGGAGGUAUUCAUUUGGUGA